GCGCCCGCCUCCUCCCCGCCGGGGGCGGAGUCGCUGCCACGCUGGGUCCGGGUCUGCGCCUCUGGCCCCUGCUAACCUCCUCCCGGCGAGCUGCGGGGCGGGGUGGCGGGUCCGGCCGCCUUGGGACGCUGCCCGCGGCGGGGCUGGGGAGGGCCGCGGGGCGCGGGGCUCCGGGCUCCGGAGGCCGCUGAUGGGAGGCGGCGCCCCCGCGGGCGAGCGACGGCGCCGCGGCCACCAUGGGGAACAAGCAGACCAUCUUCACCGAAGAGCAGCUGGACAACUACCAGGACUGCACCUUCUUCAAUAAGAAGGACAUCCUCAAGCUCCAUGCACGGUUCUAUGAACUGGCCCCCAACCUCGUCCCGAUGGACUACAGGAAGAGUCCCAUUGUCCAUGUGCCUAUGAGCCUCAUCAUCCAGAUGCCAGAGCUCCGGGAGAAUCCCUUCAAGGAAAGGAUUGUAGAGGCUUUUUCUGAGGAUGGCGAAGGGAACCUCACCUUUAACGACUUCGUGGACAUGUUUUCCGUGCUCUGUGAGUCAGCUCCCCGAGAGCUCAAGGCAAACUACGCCUUUAAGAUCUAUGACUUCAACACUGACAACUUCAUCUGCAAAGAGGACCUGGAGCUGACACUGGCCCGGCUCACCAAGUCAGAGCUGGAUGAGGAUGAGGUGGUGCUCGUGUGUGACAAGGUCAUCGAGGAAGCUGACCUAGAUGGCGAUGGCAAGCUGGGCUUUGCUGACUUUGAGGACAUGAUCGCCAAGGCUCCUGAUUUCCUCAGCACUUUCCACAUCCGGAUCUGAGGACACUGCUGAGGCUACAGGACCUGGAAGCCCACCUCCCAGUUCUGCUGCCUAUACAAGUGUGGCUGCAUGCUUCCCAGGAAAAGAGCUGCAGCCUCUGGGGUUUACACCCAUGGACAUUUCCUGUGGCCCUUUCAGCAAAAAAAAAAAAAAAAAAACUUAACCAGAGAAGUAGGAUGUGAGGAGUAGGAGUAGGACCCUUUCCAGGGCUCCUCGUGGUCCAGACUCAAGACCCAUAGCCCCUGAGCAGAACCUCCUGUCCACCCCAUGCCUAGUCCUCUCCCCAUCCAGCCCUGGGAAGGUAAGGAAGAAAAUCUAACAGGAGGUGGUAGAGUCUAACUUGUCCAUGUGCUGGGCUGACACCCCAGUCACACAGGGCAAAUAAAAAAAAAAAAAGUUGGGGUUUUAAUGAGCUAUGCAAUCUUCUUCCAAAAUCCCAAAAUCCAAGGCUGAGCUGUGCCCCACUCUG